AUGGACGAGUCGGCAGAGAAGAGGCGGCUGCUGCGGCCUGCGUCUCCAAGCGGAGAUUCAUCCUCGCCGCAGCCUCCGCCAUACGAGGUCCCGGCCUAUCCCAGGAGACCGCGCCAUCGCCGGCUGUUUGCGCGGAGCAUCUUGUCCAUCAGGACGGGCUUGAGCGUUGUGGUUGCUGCAUCCGUGCUAUGGCUGUGCUUUGCCGUCGAUCGCCAGUAUCGAGCCCAGCAGCCCCAUGAUGGGGGCGCGUCGUCGAAGCUGUUGCAGCGCUUUGAGGAAUCGCUGGCGCAGUGUCAGGGGCUGGGAAAGGUCCCUGGCAGGCCUGCGCCUGGUUCUCGACAAAGCAACCCGCGAUGGUCGGCGACCAAUGGCCAAAUCGGGACGACUGUGUUGAGAAACGCAACCCUGUUCGACGGUGAGGCUUUUGUUCCCGGCGCGGUCGACAUUGUCUUUUCCAAGGGUCUCAUUGAAGCCGUCCACAAGACGUCAGACAACAAGGCGAUUGUAGGCGACAACGUCGUCGAAUACAACGUCCACGGCCGAUAUGUCACCCCCGGUCUGGUGGACAUGCAUUCGCAUCACUACCUUGGGACAUGGCCCGGCACUGACGCGACCGAUGAUGGCAAUGAAGUGAACCCGGAAACUAAAGCAUUCACCCCAGCGGUGCGUGUGAUUGAUGCCUUGAAGGCCUAUGACGAAGGCGCCACGUUGAUUCUAUCGGGCGGUAUCACAUCCUCACUCAUCAUUCCCGGCUCGGCAAAUCUCAUUGCUGGUGAGGGUGUGCCUGUAAAGAACUCUCUCUACUCGGGAGAACACUCCGAGCCCGUGGUUGAAGAUUUGCUCCUUGAGAGAGGAGUGCCUGUAAGCGAACGCCGCCGGUACAUGAAGUUUGCAUUUGGCGAAAACCCAAAGGGUACAUGGGGCUACACUCGGCUCGGCAACGCCUGGCACUUGCGAGAGCAUCUGCAAAAGGCCAAGGAGCUGAGAGAAAAACAGGACGACUACUGCUCUGCCAUCCUGGAGAACCGUCACUGGCAUGACGGCCUCAAGGCAAGCUUUAUUCACCAUCACGGGAAGUUUCCAUUCCAGCUAGACCUCGAAUCAACAGUCGCCAUUCUUCGAGGACAAGUCAUUGUACAGAACCACAACUAUGAGCCGGAAGACUUGGAGACUAUGCUUCGGAUAAGCCACGAGUUUGGAUACAGAGUCUCGGGAUUCCACCACGCUACCGAGGCCUGGCAAGUGCCAAACUUGCUCAAGGAGCAGGGAGACAACGUCACUGUUGCCAUUUUUGCAGAGUUCAGUCUGUACAAGCACGAGGCAUAUUCGCCGAGCCUGUAUGCAGGGCAUAUUCUCGAUAAGAACGGUAUUCCUGUGGCUUACAAGUCCGACCACGUCAUUGGCCUAACGAGUGCCAAGUAUUUGGCCUCUCAAGCAGCCAUUGGGCAUGCCUUCAAGCUCCCGGAGGAAAAGGCGCUUCAGUCAAUCACCUCCAUUCCAGCAAAGGCAAUCGAUCUUGAUUUCCGUGUUGGAUACUGUAAGCCUGGCUUUGACGCAGACAUUGUGGUGUGGGACUCUCACCCUCUCUCAAUAGGUGCGACGCCUUUGCAAGUCUUCGUCGAUGGUCAAGCCCAACUUGAUGAAUCUCAGGUCAAGCAGAGCAUGGACAUGACAUUCACGGCAGCUCGUACUGGUGAUGAAAAUGACUCUAUCAAGCCACAGAUGCGGUAUGAGAUCUCGGACGAGCAGAGAGAAUCAACGUGUUCUCAAGCCUACGAGGCAGGCCAAAGCUUCGUCAUAGAUGGUAUUCAGAAGGCCUUCGUUGACAACUACCCAGAGCUAGCAGCCUCGCUAGCACAAGCUGACGAUGAACCUCUCAAGCUCAUCGUCGAAGACGGAGAAAUUUCGUGUUUCGGUUCGGGUGAUACAUGCGCAGAAGCAAGAAGCAAGCUCGAGCAAAAGGGAAAGAAGGCUCUCCACCUAUCUCUACAAAACGGCCAUGUCUUGCCAGGAUUGACGGCCGUCACUCGAGCUCUAGGAAUGAGCGAGAUUGCCAUGUUGGACAGCACUGGCGACGGCCAAGCGGCGAAUCAGAAAAUCGGAGAUCCUGAGAGCCUGGUCUAUGCAAAAUACGGACUUUGGCUUGACGGGAAGUCGUUUGCGAGGGCCCGUCUCGGCGGUGUCACCCGAGCAAUCUCGCUCCCGCUGGCAGAUGCGUCUGGUUUCGUUCAGGGCGUCAGCGUAGAGUUCCUCACUAGUGGUAAGAAGAGCCUUACGGACGGAGGGAUCGUUCAGGGUGAUGUGGCUCUGCAUCUGGCUCUUGGUGAUGCCACCAAACAAUCGGAGGGCACGGUUAGCAGCGGCAUUCGUCAUCUCCGGAAGAUGCUGGAGGAUGGGAAAGGGAAACAUAAUGAGACCUUGUACGGGCGAGUGGCGGCGGGUAAACUGCCACUUGUUGUGCAGAGCAACAACAAGUAUGACUUGUCUCAACUGGUCCUCGUCAAGAAAGACUUUCCCGAAACCAACCUCGUGAUACUUGGCGGCAAGGAAGCACCCUAUGUGGCCAAAGACCUCGCCGCUGCCAACAUUUCCGUCAUUCUCUCGGAAAAUCGGCCCGCCCCUGAUGUAUUCCGUGAUAAAGACGCAGUAGUCGGCCCGCCUCUCACUAGAAGUGUAGCCAGUUAUCUCAAGGAGGCUGGUGUUACAUUUGCUUUGUCCAUUUUCGAGACUGCAAUGCCGGUAGACUAUCGCGUCCACGAUCUAGGUCCAGAGGCUGGGUGGGCGGCCAAAUACGCGCACCUCAGCCAGGAAGACACCGUUCGGCUUGUGACUUCGAACGUGGAGUCGAUUUUAGGGCUGGAGAAGAGUAGGGAUUUGGUGGUGUUUGAGGGCAAUCCGCUGAGUUAUGGCGCUUCUGUGGUGCUUUCGUUUCAUGCGAAUGGGGAGACUGGGAAGUUGGAGGUUGCUACUUGCUUUCCUAGGGAGCAUGAACAUGGGAGCAGCUUGUAA